UUCAUCUUCUUUCUUUUUAACAGAGUGGCUUCCUCCCGAACAUCUUCAAGAUCAUGUCGUACGACCCGAAAUCCUUCAAGCAUUUCUUUGGCUACUACGAUCACCUUGUCUCGGAUCGAGGCAAUCUCACCAAGGCCGACAAAGCUUUGAUCAGUCUCUCGGUCAGCACGGAAAACAAGUGUCUCUACUGCACCGUUUCUCACAGGGUGGUUUUCAGACUCAGCACCGACGACCCGGUACUAACUGAUCAGCUAACAGUCAACUGGAAAACAGCUGACCUGACGGACAGACAGAGGGCCAUCGUAGAACUGGCCAUGGCAGUGACCAAGAACGAACCCAUCACGGAAGAGCAGUUCACCAACCUUGAACAGCAUGGCCUUGACCAACGGGAUGCCUUUGACAUCGGCCACUAUGCCGCUUUCUUUGCGUUGGCCAACAGGAUUGCCAUCUUCACCAAACUCAGACCAAAUGAUGAAUUUUCAGAUUAGUCGGGUAACCCAAGAACCAGCACCGAGUCACUGGGGACCAGAAGAUAUACCGUGACGUAACGGGAUACCCAGACCAGGUACUCGUAGGAAUCCGGGACCAAAUUCUCUUCCGACUCAUCACGUCUUCGAAAGAGGGUCAUGGCUUUUUGCAGAGGAGGCAUGGACGGCCGGAGAGCCCUCAAAAUUCAAUAAUCUAAUAACCUAACUUUUUAUUGCAAAUCAUUUUCUAAACAAAAAAAUGUUGAUUGAUGAAUUCAAAUAUAACAUUAAUUGAGAGUCAAACGGUAUGGUGAUUAGCUCGCUCUCGCAAUUUCUUCUAUCUAUCAUGUUUAUAGGCUAUGUUAUCUUUCCUCUUACAUUGUAUUUAUCCACCCCCCCCCCCCUUGGAAAACAAAUCCUGCGUACUAACACGAAGGGGGCUAGCUGCAACAAGAUACCCAAUCUAAUAUACACUGCUGUAUGAUAUUGAAUACUUUGUUUGCAAAGAGAUAAUAGAUCUUUAUUGCCUGAGCAAGAUGUAUUAGCUGCCGUAUUCUCAAGGAACAAGCAUUUGAAAUGGGAAUUUUGGUAGGGUAAAAUCUGUCGCCGAGUAAUCACUGUUCGUUACAAGCUGUCUUGUGAAAUUAAUCAUAAAAUAAAGAAGCCCAUCGCCGAAAACAGAAGAAUCUGAAAUAUUAUAUGCUGGUUUGAGUGUUAUAUAUCUAUUGAUUAAUGUAGCUCUGGAUUAUUGCUUUAAAUAUUAUUUGCAUACAAAGCGGGUUUAACAUUCAUCAUAACUUUUCUUGUGUUUUUUGUGUUCUUUCCUAAUCCGGACUAGUUAUAACCCAUCUUUGUAUGUUUUCAGAGACUUUUCAUAAUCAUUUGUGAACAAAAUAUAUGUUAUACAUUUUUCUUGGAUGAAUGCACUUUUUUUUCCAUUUUUAUUCCUUUUCCCAGCUUUAUUUCCUAUCAUUCAUUUUUAGAGGUGUUGUGGCUAAGUGGAUAAGCCUCCAGACUUUGAACCACAAGGUCUGGGGUUCGAAUCCCACCGCAGCACUCGUGUCCUUUGGCAAGGCGUUUAUUUACAUUUGCCACUCUCCACCCAGGUGUAGAAAAUGAGUACCCGGUAGGAAGAAAUUCCUUGAAUGCUCGAGCGUCCGAUCAGGAUAGCCGUGCCAAAGCUGGGGUAAUAAUAUGCAGCGCUUAAAACAUUGUAUUAAGCGCUAUAUAAAUGUUGCAUAUUACUAGUAUUAUUCAAAUUCAACAUAAUACAAAUUAUUUCAUUACCUGAAUUACAUGCAUAGAUUAUAAUAAGUCAAUAUAUUGAAAAUGAAUGUAUAUUGCUUUUUUUCGGUCACAAUGGUUUGUAAAUUUGUAUAGAAAACAAAAACGAUCGAUGGUUUGCGGGACAUGACAUAAAUGCUGCAAACGUGGGAAAUAAUAAAGUUGCUGCAAACAAUAGAAGAAAAAGUUAAUCAAGAAAAUCAAUCUGAAAUAGAUCGUAUCAACUAUGAAUGUGCUGCAGCUGGAAGAUGAAAUAUGCAAGUAUACACUUUCGUUUGACAUAGUAGGCUACACCUAAAGCUGUCUUUAAGUUAUGACUGACUUUAUUAAGGUCUGGAAUAUAGCAAGCGCCUGGGGUUUGCAGUCAUUACACAUUGCAUGAACCAAGUUCAAAUUGGCAGAUUUUGGUCAACAUAUUCUUGCCAUCACCACACACAUUUACAGCAAAAGAAAUGAUUAAAACAACUCGUGAAUUGAUACAAGUAGACAUCUGUAUUCUUUAUUGAAAUGUCAGGAGGAAAAUCUUAAUUCUCCCAUUUUUUACAUUUCAUUAUUCAUUCUUUAACUGUCAUUCGCCAAGUCAUGCUUAUUAUUUAUGAACAGCUUUAUGAAAAGCCUCUAUAUUCCCACCAAGCUAUUAGCUAUAUUUUCCUCAAUUAUCAUAUUGGAUAACAAAAGGCAGGAAUAUCAGUCCACUGCAAAUUCAAAAGCAGUGAAAAAAUAUUUGUAUAUAGUACUAUUUAAUUGUAUACAUCUCGUCAUAUUGUAUAUGACUGCGAAGGUGAGUAAUCAAUGAUUAUGACAAAUGUAUAUGUGAUUUCUUAUGUCAUAACGUAUUAUUUUCAAUUUUCAUGAUCAAUUGUAUUGAUUUCAAUAUUUCAUGAUCGAAUUGUAUUCACUUGUGGGUACUUACUCAGGUAAAAAGAGUGAUUUUUUUGUCACAAAAUUAAUAUAUAACUCUUUUACUAUUCUGUUUCUACAUUACUGAAACCCCUCUGCGAUUGUGUGUAUGCUGCUUGUAUUAUUUUGCUUCAGAUGUUUAUCUUGGUAUCAGGGAAAAUUGGAGAAAUCGUUGUUUAUUACAAAUAUUAUUGUAAUGUCUAUAUUUUCAAAAUUGGAAGUAGAUUGGCUUUUUUCGCAAGUUUUUGGUUGCUGUAACGUAUUUUCUAUUGUGUGUUUAAUAGCUACAUAUUCUGAUGCAUUGAUUAAAAAAUAUCUUGGAACUACGUUUUGUUUAUGGGUAGAGGGGCGACGCUGUGUAUUUUCGGAGGGGACAUUUCAAGGGGGGGGGGAUAAAGUGGGGGUAAUGUAUGGUGCACCAUACCUGGCUAAACGGGAGAUAUAUUUAGUAAUUCUAUAUUACAUGAUAUUUGAUAUGAAAUCAUGAAGUUGGAAUUAGCAAUCUAUGAACCAUUAAGGGAAAUCAACUUCACGUUUAAUUUGAAUAAAAUAUGUAAAACAUGGAUGUAGAUCCUUUAAAUAGAAAGUUAAAACUAUUUAAACUAACGUCAAACAUGUCAGAGAUGAAAGAAGUUAUUAAACAAAGAUGGACCUGAAUUAUCGGGCCUUUUUUUAAUCCCCUCAUUGUCUAAAAGUCAUGCGAGAGAGAGGGAGAGAGAAAGAGAGAGAGAGGGGGCCUAGGGGUGGACGGAAGAGUGCUGUAUGCCUUAUAGAAAGCACCUUCAGUUUUUUAGAUUUUUUUGUGAAGCGUUCCGAUUUUUAGUAAAUGAUUUUUCGUAAAAUUCCAAGCUAUUUACAUAAUGGUUAUUAAUCAUUCAUCUGUUGAAGUAUCUGUAUUAGGUUAAGUAUUUCUUUUUCAGUUUGUAUGAAUAUAUGAUAUAUUAUUUGCAGUUUAUACUCAGAUUAAAAUUAAAUCCACCAUUGAUUUAAAAGCCUUUUAAAUGAUGAAAGAAGCAGAAACGUAGCUUUGACUUUUUUUUUUUGAAUUUUAUUAUUCCAAACCUGGAUACAUAAUAUUCACAGACUGUGUGUGGUUAACAGCAAAAUUAUAUAAUGGUAAAUGAUUUCGUAAGGGAAUGUAAGGCAAUUAUGCAAUUGACAUUCAAAGAAUCAUUAUAUUAAUCAGUGACUGACAAUCUACAAUGAACAUAAUAUACAAUCAUUAUAUAUUUACAUAACUGCAGGGAAAUAGAAUAUAUACCUGCACUUUACAUCACUGCUAAAUUGACCUGCAAUUUAAAUUAAGAACGAAAAAUAAAAAUAAAUGAUAUGGAGAUACCAAUGUAUCUAUUCACCAGAAAGAAAUGCUGCAGUUUCUGUCACAUCUGAAAUAUUGAUGCUUCUAGAAUAAUAAGUUAUUGGAAUUAAUUGAAAGAAAUGUUUCUAUGUUAUAUUUAAUUUUCCAGGGAGACCUAACCUUGUACAAAAUAGAAUCAUAAGUUAUUGUUUGUGAAAUUCAUACCACCGAUUCUUUUGCUGUAUUCACGCUUUAUUUUUACAAGAUUUAUCAAAAUGUAGUCAAAUCAUUCAAGUAAUGCACGUUGGAAUUGUGUUUCAGUUAUCAUAUGAUGUGACAUAAAUUCUCUUAAUUCUAGAGAUGAUUAUUGCCAUUUUCAUUCAUACCUACAAUCAUAUAAUUAAGAUUAAUAAGACUAGCUUAAUCAAAAUCAAAAGAAAUAUAUCAAAUAGUGCACAGUCUGGAUGAAGUUACAUGCAGCUUCAAAAUUUAACUUAUUUAGUCUUUGUGAUUACAUUUGUAAUAUCAAAUAUCAGGAAUAUUCUUUUUCACAUAUCAUAAUGCUUUUUAUACUGUAUUUUUGGAUAAAGGAAUAAAAGAAACAUAAUUAUGUUUACUUUCAUACCAAAAACCUUUCGUACCAAAAAGGUACAAUCAUUGGCAGGGCUAUCCUUAGAACCCUUCUGCUACCUCGUCUAUUAUUUUCAAAUACUGUGUAGUAAAAAAUUUGGUUAUAAAUUAUAGCUUCCUGGUGAAAACAGUAUAACUAAGUAUGUUUUUGUGUGAAAACACAGUUACUGGAUUAUAAGGUGAAUCUUGUGCCAUGUAUUCAAGAAGUAAAAUGACGGUGUAUUAUCAUCAGUUUUCUUAAAAAUGUACUUUUGUGUUUACAUGCAGUUUCCUGCAAGGAAUUGCUAUAGAAUUGUAAGUAUUUGAAUAAUCAUAAUAUAUUGCUACUCAUUUGUAUGGUUGGAAAACAUGGAGUGUUUCAAUAAAGAUCUUUAAAAGCGAGUA